AUGACCUCAAUACCAAGACGAUACCGGUCGUCCACUUCGGCCUCGAACCCACCGCAAACCAAGUCCUUCGAAAUCUUAAAGGGCUUGCUUGAAGCUCUCAAUAUCGAUACGACUCUUCACCAGCAGGAUGGCUUCCCUCAAAUACCGCCAUUGUUGCGAAAAACCCGACACAUUAUACAGCAUAUCUCUGCGACACGAUCGCCCGUCCACCAAGAUGACUUCCGACAUGCAGAUGGCUUCGAGACGAUCCUUAAUCUGCUCCGAGCCUUCUCAGGCUACUACGAUCCCGAUAAAAGAAGCGACGCGGACAUGCUUGCUCUGUUCAAGUUGCUAGGAGACUGUUUGAACCUCUUUUCAGUUGCCCUACAUGGACAUGCAGGCAACCGACGCUAUUUCCGAUACAAGGUUGAAGGAGGCGGAUGGGAGGCUCUGGAACAAGUCAUCGCAAGCAUAGGACUCGGCGGGGCUGAACCUGAUGCUUGGAUAAGCUGUCAUGUUUUUGGCAAGCUACUAGCUUUCUCUCUGGACGACGAAGCUCUCGAUCUCCUUUGUCAAUCGAUCGCGAAAUCACUACGACCGGACGACGAUAACUCCCCCAAAGAGGAUGAAAGCGACAGCGCCGAAGAGCAAUGGGAUCUGGUGUUGGCCAAGUCUGCAGAAAACAUUACGCCCGGCGUGAGGGAAGUCGUGAAUGCCAAGACUAUAAUACGACAUCCCGAGAUUUUGCGAGCAGUUGUCAGUUUCUGGACCGCUAUUCCUCGAAUGAAAGAUGGCCUCGCGAACCCGGCUUCUUUACUUGUCCUCGAGACAAUCCAUUGUGCUAUCUCAGUUUCUAUAUAUAACCGAGCCGCAGUCCACUCGACAGGCGCCUUAUCGCAGUUCCUCCGGGUCGCUUUCAAUGCCGAUUCAGCUCUUAGCCCACCUGAGCGGGAGAAGGUGUUGGCGAUCUGCAAGAUACUCAUGUACUUGGGUGUGAAUGAGCCGGCCGACACUCAAUUCUUACUAUCGACGCCCGGCUCAGAGGCAUCCGAAUUCUGCUUGCAGAUGACAUCGAAACAUACAGGUCCUCCGUUCUUCCAAUUCGACUUAUCUCUGCAUGGCCAUUCGUCGCUCGAGCUAUCCAGUCUUGGUCGUUCUUUUCCACCGCAAUCUAGUGCUGGUUACACCUUCACGGCCUGGAUUCGAGUAGACAGCUUCGAUCCUACUGCACACACAACGAUAUUCGGCGUCUUCGAUUCCACGCAAUCAUGCUUUCUGCUUAUGUACCUCGAGAGGGAUACCCACAACUUUAUCCUCCAAACAUCUGUUACUUCAAACAAGCCUAGCGUGCGCUUCAAGUCUGUUUCGUUCAAGGAGAAGAAAUGGUACCACAUCGCCAUUGUGCAUCGCCGACCCAAGACGAUGGUCACUAGCAAGGCGUCUUUGUAUGUCGAUGGCGAAUUCUCCGAACAAAUACGCUGCAAUUAUCCUCAUCUGCCGCCCCUGGCCACUGGUGCUCAUGACAGUUUCGCCUCAUUCAACUCGAACCAGAACAAGACAAACCCUGUACAGGCUUUCGUCGGUACCCCAAAGGAUCUCUCUAACCAAAUAGGACCCGGUUUGGUCUUUUCGCGGUGGUCGCUUGCUUCGGCGCACUUAUUCGAGGAUGCUUUGAGCGAUGACUAUUUGGCGGUCCAUUUUGGUCUGGGGCCACGAUACCAGGGUAACUUCCAGGACAGCCUGGGCGGCUUCCAGACUUAUGAAGCAUCAGCUACUCUGGGCCUUCGCAACGAGAUUGCGCAUCCUGGAAAGGGUGAGACUUCGGACAUCAUCAGAGCUGUCCGUGAGAAGGCUGGUUCACUACUACCUGAAUCCAAGAUCUUGCUUAGCAUUCUUCCUUCCGCCACGUUCCCUGAAAAUGUGCAAUUCUACGAUACCGGACUUUUGCGAUCACUUCCACGGAAUUGCGCCCGCAACCUCUUUAGGGCAUCCAACCAAGAGGGUGCACCUCUAGCGAUCAACUGUGCUGUUCCCAGUCUACCAGACUCACUGUUCCGUGUUCAAGGUCUUCUCUCAUUCCGCGGCAACCCCAUCGUCGCUGUGCCAUCCUAUCUGGACGAGAACCUAUGGCGAUUGGCCGGUUUCACACCACUGGCUCUGAAGCUCUUUGAGAGAGCGUCUUCAAUCGAAGAGACAGUGCGAUCAGCGGAAAUGCUGUUUUACUGCAUUCGUCAGAGCUGGAGAAACAGUGAAGCUAUCGAGAAGGACAACGGAUACGGUAUAUUGGCCAUGCUCCUUCGUGUGAAGCUGGGGUAUGACCGUGGUACUAGUGAUUCAACGGUUACCCGACUACAAGUCUCGAAUGACGAUCGCGAUCGACUUGCCUUCCAGCUACUCAGUCUGAUCCUUGGCUUCGUUGGAUACAACCACAUGGAACCCAUGGAGUCGUUCAUCAUCAACCCUCUCGCCUAUCGUGUCCUGCUCAUUGAUCUUGACAUUUGGCGGAAGUCGGCGCCUCGGAUCCAAGAGCUGUACUACAAACAGUUUGUGACUUUUGCUGUCAAUAGCAAAUAUCAUGAGUUCAACAGCCGGAGGUUAAUCAGGAUGAGAAUCGUCAAGAGGCUGCUUGACGCUAUGAAAGGAGAGGUCGUUUCUGAGGACACGAUAUCUCAUUUCAUGGGCGCCUUCGAAAUCCUCGUCACUUCCAACUUUAGUCAAGAGGUCAUGAGAUCUUUGUCGCUUUUCAUCACCUACGCUUUUCACACCCAACCUUUACCAGUCAACAGAAGCCCACGGGCUCUAUCGAUUGUUUCAAGAAACGGUACUCCAGUUCCUAGGCGGAGAGGAACGCCGACCGAUCCAACCGCAGCUGGAAUUGCUUCUGGCCUGAAGUUCUUGACUAAGAAGCAGCUUGGUGUCAAGGUACUCAGCAUGUACUCUCGCAUAUUGUGCGAAAAGGGCAACACCACACACAUCAAGAAGUUUGCUAGAACUGUUACAAAUAAGUGGCUCCUCUACCUUCUGGCUGAAAACGACCCGGAAAUCGUCGUUCAUGGUUGCAAGAUUCUGGCACGUCUUCUGGUUACGCAUGGCUCCAACUACACAUCAAAGUUUGCUGGAAAGUCGGGAGGUUUUGUCAUCAUGUCCAACAGACUCAAGCGGUUCUGGGACAUGCCAACUUUAUGGCCCAUUUGCUUCAGUAUCCUGUUUGGCUACGAUGUUGCCGAGAUCAAUUUUGAUAGGAACUUUGACUUCUUCAACCUCCUAGAGACGUUUGGCAAACGCAAGGUUGUGUACCCCGAAUCUUUGUCCGUCAUUACCGCAAUGCUGCAGCAUGGAUUGAAAGAUGUGAUGCGAUACCAGGAUGAUCCAGAUUCACCAGCAACACAUGUCGCUCCAACGCCUGCUUUGAAGAAGCACGCGUCCGCCAAAGAACUUCGCCCCGAGAUGCGACCGCGAGCAAGCUCUAUGAAUCUGACAACUGCCCUUGCGACACGAUCUAACUUCACCCGUGAUAGCGAAAGAGUCGCAAGCUAUGCUGGAGUUUUACACACCGUGAUUAAAUUCCUCCUCGAUCUCCACGAGCGCUCGACGGAGUUCAGGGACUUCGCUUUGACAUCUGAGUGGGUGAGGCUAUUGUUGUCGGCGCUUUACCCGGUCAUUGUCAGCGCUGAUGCGGUAACGCCUGAGACUGAGCUGAACUCUGGCGACACGGCCUUGACAUUCGAAGGAACAGAUGUUAUCAUCCGGCCCAUCGCUGGUAGUGGUUCCCAUGCUACACCAAUCGUCCGAACGACAAGCGUUGAUCCAGUCCCGUCACCUCAGUCGACACCACCUAAGGGCACACCGCUGAGGAGAGCAUCGUCGUUCAUUCUGCUCACUCAGCAGAAGUCACCUGUCGGUCCCAGUCCGGCUCGCUUGAGUCCUGCUUUACCAUCACCGAGGUUGACGCCCAGCAAUAGACCGAGCAGCGACAUCUUGGACGGACUUAUGGAUCUGGUGGUGAGCGUCUUCAUGGAUCAGCUUCUAUCACGAAAAGACUUUACUGGAUUUGGCUUGUUCACCAAGGUCCCUCCUGGUUUCCGAGAGCACCAAGCUUAUUUCGAGUCUUACAUCCUGAAGCAUGUAAUUGCCCAACUGGAGAAGAACAUCCAAUCCAACCAGAAGGCAAUCUGCGAGCCUCGUGUACUGACGAACAUCUCACGACUCUGCCAACACAUGUCGGAAGCCAUCUUCGAAGGAUGGUUCAUGAAUGGGGCUGAGGUCAUGAUUGACUUUAUCGGGAUGCUUCUUGAAUUCUUGCAACGGCCUGACAUCGCAUCUCUCAAGAGUGUCCGACUUUGUAGCCAGGCGGUCAAUAACAUCCGUUGUUGCCUUCUGAGGAUAAUCCUUCUUCGAUUGUCAGAUCUCGACAGUCCAGAGACCACGCUCGUUGAAGCUAAGCAGUUCAUGGGCAAGAUGGCGUACUGGCAAAUGUCAAUCCUUGGUUCAUUUACCAAUGAAGAUCAAUUCCUCAAGCUUUUCUGGUACCAGCUCUAUACCAAGCUCAUCAGCGACAAGAUGCCCCUUCGAGUUGCCGCAGCAAACUUCUUGCGUAUCAUCUUGGUACAGAAACCGGAGGAAUCUACUGAGCUCAUUCAUGCAUGCAUGUCACCGGAUCAGAAGCAGCUUUCUAAGGACUUCCAGCAAUUGACCGGUGUUGAUGACGAUACAUUCGUGGAGUGGGUUGACAAGCAUCGCCCAUCGUUGGAUGUACUGUUCUUCGGCGGUAUGUCCAAGACAUGGGAGGACUUUGUCAGCUCGGAGAAUGUCCGUACUGCAGAAACAGCCAAGGUCCGGUUGACCAAACGAAAAGAUAAGCUUAGAGCGUGGCACGCGGAGAGCAUCACCACAGAGAAGACCCUGCUCAGUCAUGACAUUGGCAAUAGUGCAUGGAUGAAGAGUAUCUAUAACUCCGAGUACUUCAAGUACCAACGAAUUAUGCAAGAUCAACAGGAUGAUCUCGUGUUUCUGAGUGAUGCUUACAAGAAGAUGGAAAGAGACCUGAUGCGACCUGGCGCAGUCUUUAGCGAAGCGGCGCCACCCAAAUGGAAACUCGACCGAACAGAGGGACGAAACCGGAUGAGACUCAGGGUUCUUCCCGACUUUGCAAUGAGUAAGGAUGAAUAUCAGCCCAAGAGGAAGGCGAGCGAAGUCUUGCAGAGUCUUCGGAUCAAUACGUCGGCCAGCCCAGCGCCCUCGAUUGUCACGUCCGCGGUCUCGCCAACCAAGUCAAGCACUCCCGCACCCAUAGAAGGGAACAACGGACCGCUUCAGUUGACCGAAGAGCCUGAGAGUACUGAGUCAGGAGAACAGCCUGCCUCUGGUGUCGCGCCUGAAGAUGACUUCGAGCUUGUAGACGACCCCAACGAUCCGAACGAGGGAGACGAAAAUUUUGAGGACAAGAACCGUAAGGUGAUGCGACGACUGGAACGUGGAGACCAGGUUCAGUCUGCAUACAAUGUCUCGCGCAUCAUUGGACUGGAGGCUUGUGAGGGUAUUCUCAUCAUCGGCAAGGAUGCACUUUAUAUCAUGGACAACGUGUUUCAGUGCGCUAAUGGCGAUAUUGUCAACGUCUGGCAAGCUCCGCCUGAAGAGCGUGAUCCUUUUUCUCAGAUCGUCACUGAUGCCAAGACAUCUGAGAAGAGACAGAACAAUAAGGAGCAAGAGUCGAGGCAUUGGCGAUGGCACGAUGUUAUCAGCAUCUCAAAACGCCGGUUCCUCUUCCGAGAUGUUGCGAUUGAGGUCUUCUUCACCGAUGGCCGCAGUUAUCUUCUGACCACUAUCAACCCCGCGGUUCGGGAUAAUCUGUUCGUCAAGAUGCUCAGCAAGGCACCUCACACCAGUGGCGCCAAUACUCUUCCCAAUCCCGAGGAUGCUUGGCGUUUGGAGUCUCUGAAGGUCGUCGAUGAAUCGCCUCAAGGAUUUGGUUCCAAGUUCGGUACCUUCUUCAACUCGUCACCUUGGAAUCCUAUUCUCAAGAGGUGGCAGAAGGGCGAAAUCUCCAACUUUCACUAUCUCAUGAUGGUGAACACCAUGGCUGGCAGGACCUUCAACGAUUUGACCCAGUACCCAGUGUUCCCAUGGGUCUUGGCCGAUUACACCAGCGAGGAUCUGGACCUUGAUGACCCCAAUACGUUCCGAGAUCUAUCCAAACCAAUGGGCGCGCAAACACCACACAGAGUCGGAGGGUUUGUCGAGAGCUACAAUGCUUUGGAGGAGAUUGGUGAGGUUCCUUUCCACUAUGGUACACACUAUUCUUCUGCCAUGAUUGUGUCUUCAUACCUUAUCCGUCUACCACCCUUCGUUCAGUCCUACAUCCUGCUCCAGGGAGGAAGCUUUGAUCACGCAGAUCGUCUCUUCCAAUCCAUCCCAGAAGCAUGGAAGUCUGCCUCGUGCAAGAACAAGACUGACGUGAGAGAACUCAUCCCCGAGUUCUACUGCCUUCCCGAAUUCUUGACCAACGUCAAUGGCUACAACUUUGGCAAUCGCGAAAGCAACGGCGUUAAGGUCGAUCACGUUGAGCUUCCCCCAUGGGCCAAGGGUGACCCUAGGAUCUUCAUCUCCAAGCACAGGGAAGCAUUAGAGAGCCCAUACGUGAGCGAGAAUCUGCACCAGUGGAUUGAUCUCGUCUUCGGAUUCAAGCAGCGAGGCGAGGCGGCGGUAGAGAACCUCAAUGUCUUCCAUCAUCUCUCUUACCGUGGCGCGACAGACUUGGAUAGCAUCACCGAUGCAAAAGAGAGAGCUAUUAUGGCUGGUGUUAUCCACAACUUUGGACAAACGCCUCAUCAAGUGUUUAUGAAGUCCCAUCCGGUUAGAGAGCAUAACCGAUCUCCGGUUAGACGAUUGGACACGAGUGUGUUCUCGUUGAGCUGUUUGCCGCAUCCCCUUCUUGAAAGCCACGAGCGUGUAGCUUCCUUGAUCUACGCACCUAAGCUGGACCGCUUACUCUGCGCCUCUCCGUUCCGCCUCAAUUUCCCACCAUACGACAAGUUCUUGGAAUGGGGAUAUGCCGACAACAGUAUCCGCUUCUUCUUCAGCGACAAUCGAAAGGUAAACCGACACCAUACUCCCAGCUCAAGUCGCCUCGCUAACUCGACAAAGCCCGCUGGCCUCUUUGAGAACCUUCAUAUUGGACAAAUCUCUUGCGCCUGCUUUGCUGACUCAAAGACAUUGAUCACCGCUGGCGAGGACUGCGUUGUAUCAGUGUACGCACUUCAGACCUCACCUGGCAAGCCAGUUGAGCUACUUCCAAGGUCCAGUUUGUUUGGACACAAAUUCCCUGUCACAACAAUUGCAGUCAGCAAAGCUUUCUGUACUCUGUUGACGGUAUCUGCGGAUGGCCAGGCGUUCUUGUGGGAUCUCAACCGUCUAUCGUUCAUUCGCAAGCUACCUUUGGUGCGCCCCGUCGAAUCUGCGCGCAUCAAUGACAUCUCUGGCGAGAUUCUUCUAUGCUCUGGACCGAACGUGAUCCUAUACACUCUGAACGGCACAUUGCUUCUGGAACAAAACGUCUGCUUUGAACAAGACGACUACAUCCACUCAUGUGCAUUCUAUGAAGGCGCUGGAAAUGAAUGGCUCGAGAACUACCUGAUCUUCACAGGCCACAAGCGCGGCAAAGUCAACAUCUGGCGGCGUAGCAUCGUCGGCAAUCGAUGGACUCUGGAACUAUACAGAAAGCUGGACCACGUUGACUACAAGAACGAGAAGGGCGCCAAUACAGAGGCGGGUAUGACAUGCAUCAGCCCAAUGCCAACAUGCGUCUACACAGGUGAUGAUGACGGACGAGUUUACGAAUGGAAUCUAGUGAACAGGGAAAGAUAG